AUGUCAAAAUCGGACUUGCGUGUUUUAGAACCAUUGUCUGCUCACAAGGCCAGUGUUACUUGUAUUCAAAAGCUCAGAAAUGGCUCUUCUAACGUAUUAUUUAGUUCAUCUAAAGAUAGAAGUGUUUUUUAUUGGGCACUUAAUAGUAAUGUAGACAGUGAGUUUGGAAAGCUUUACAAAGAAUUCGGUCGAAAACACAAGAAAAACAUUACAAGUAUAGCUUUGUCAUCUAACGGCGAUAUGUUGGUUUCAGUAGGUGCUGAUAAGGUGGGUUACAUAUGGGAUGUCAAAUCAAAAGAGGCCACAGCUGUUCUUAGAGGCCAUGAUCGUGAUAUUUUAGCUGUUGCUAUUAAUAAAGAUGAUAAUAAGAUUUGUACUGGAUCUGUUGACUGUUCUAUUAAAUUAUGGAACACCAGAGGAGAGCUUAUUAAUACAUUUGGCCCUGGAUAUGAAAAUUGUCAUAAAAGUUGGGUUACGUGUUUAGCUUUUGAUUCUAUGAAUGAGAAUAUUUUGUAUUCUGGUUCUAAAGAUGGAACAGUUAAAAUUUGGAAUGUUGAAGAUGGAACCCUUUUACGUACGUUUAUUGAAGGUAACGUUUUGGAUUAUCAACGUUAUGAAAAAGAAAGCGGAGAAAAACCUAAAGAUUAUGAUUUAGCACUAAGUGUCACCUGUCUUGCUUUUUGUGAGGGAGGAAAUCUUUUAAUCUAUGGUGGUAAGAACAAUAAAGUUUAUAUUGUUAAACUAGAUACCAAUGAGUGUGUAGGAACUGUUAUAGUUGAAAAUAUAGUUAGAUCAGUUACAUCUUUUGAAUCUUUUGCAGGAAUCGCAAUAGGAACAGAUGAUGCAAUAUAUGUUUACGAUGUUUGCAAUAAGACUAUUAUAGCUACUUUUAGCUUAUUAUCAAUAGGAAAGGGUAUUUCUUGUAAUUCUAUUGUCAGUAAAGAGGACAUUUUGUACUGCGGAUUAUCUAAUGGACAAAUUUUAUCAUUAGAAUAUUCAAGAAGAAGCGAAUAA